AUGAAUUCGAUACAGCGAACCCAAGCCAAUGCUGCAGCUGGCGAAGUUCCGCCUAAUGAACGAGCAAGGCGGCUGGAGAAGAUCAACACACAAGGAGUGACAUCCAUCCUUCUCCUCACGUCAGGCACUGGCGGCACAGGCUUGAACGUGACUGGAGUAAGUCAUGUGCUCCUGACCGAGCCACAGUGGAAUUUAGGCUUGGAAGUUCAAAUAAUCGGGCGAUCGUAUGGGCUGGGACAGAAGCACCAAGUGCGCGUCAGCAAAUUAUUCUGCGAGAAGUCGAGCAUUGACAACUUAGUCGAACAAAUCAAGCAGUAUAAGACAUCCACUGCUAGGACAAUCAUCAUUACAUCCCCAGGCACGUUCUACGGAUGUCUCUUUACCAAGAAGUACCACCCUAUAGUAUUCACAGACACCGAUGGUGACAUCGAUAUAGGAGAUGAUCACGAUGACCCUGCCGACGAAGACAUGCUCAUCGUUGAGAACGGCAUAACAGUGAAGCUAUCAGAUGCCUCUGAAUAG